AUGAAUUAUUCAUUUAACUAAUUCAAUUCCAUUCUUAUCCAAAAGACUCUCCAAAGAACUUUACAUCGUCUCCAUUACAGAUAGUCUCUCUAUGUGCAAUUGCAAAACUAUGAAGAAAAUAGCAAAACAAUCGUUUAUCAUCUCACCACUAUACUCCAGAAAGUGGGCCAUCCUCUCAUUUUAGUCAUCAGUUGGUAUCACUCCACCAUACACAAGUAAUUUCAAAAAGGACAUUAUGAAUGCUAAGAUAAUUAUGCAAGAUUCAUAAAAUCUAUAUUUAUACAUUAACGAUUGUUUAUCUUAUUAAAAGAUAAAUAGGAAAUCAGUUAACGUAAGUAAUAAUUGCACACUGUAUUCAAUCCAAUGAGAUGUUUCCUCAAAGAACUCAGGAUCAAAAGUGAAUAAAAUUAAUGCUACUAAAGUCCCUCCAAUAUUCACUAUGAUUAAGUAGAUCUUUAUCGAAUCCAUUGUUACUAUUCCUGUCAAGAUCAAAACACAUCCUUCACUUAAAGCAAAGAAAAAAGAUCCGUAGAAAUCCAACAUAUGGAAAGGUAAAUAAUAAUUUUCUUCAAUAACAUCCUAAGGGUGACAAUUGGCUACUAACAACGCCAAAUUACAAAAAAAGUUAAUCACAAUCACUAAAGUAAAGAAUAUGAGUAUAUUUUUUUUGAAUUUGUGAUCAUUGUAAAUAUGAGUAUAGAUUAAGUUCUUAUUCUAAUCAUUAAAUAUAUGGCUUUUUGA